UUGAUUUAGCUUUAGUUUCAACUUCUUCUCUCUCUUCCAAUUUGGCUUUAGCUUCUUUCGUCUCUAUUGAUUCAACAGUUGAUGAUGCUGCUUCCACUUUGACAGUCAUUGGCACAAAAGCACUAGUAUCAGUGCCGCUUCAACAUUACAAUCAUCUUACGAGCAGCUUAUGCAGUAGUUGGAGUGGUACGAACGUAGGGGGUGCAAUUUCAUCUUCGCUAGCACUUUUCACCCGG